UUUAUUUUAGCAACAUCCGGAGCGACAUCAGCAACUUUUUCGGUUUCAUUUAUCAGUGCUGGGCAUGGAAAGAACCAAUGUGCCCCCGGUGGGCUCCAUGGACUUGCCUCUGUCCUUGUUGGAGAUGGGCUGCUCCGGACACUUUGAGCUGAUCACACAUCCCACACCGGGGCAGCCUUUGCCUCCACUCACCACGCUUCCCCAUGGUCUGCCCCCGACAAGUCUGAGUUUAGAAAAAGAAGUAGAAAAACAGUUUUUACAAGAUCCUGCAUGGCUGCCCAUCCAUGAUACAGACUUCUGUUUUCAGAAGUUUCUCAAAGUAACAAAGAGAGAGGUUAAUGUGGACUCUCUCCUUAACUGUGCUCCGACUCCUCUUCACUCCGGUCUGUCUGUGGUCCGAGACCCAACCACCGGGAUGCUCCUGGACUUCACAGAGGUGCUACUUGAAAACACUGAUCUCUCUGCGAAGAACUCUCUCUCAUUACAACGGCAGCCUGGUCCUCCAUCCGAGAGCCUUCGAGGGAGCAACACUAGUUACCCUUUCCUCCCAGGAGGAAUGGAGGAGCUCACUCUGGACCAAAUUAAAAAGAAGUCUGACUUGGAGGAGGAUAUUGACUUUGAAAAUGAUUUACUCAAAGUUGCUCCAGGACUGAAAACUGGGAUGGACUUCACUGAAAAAGAUGCCAAAGUAGCAAAGCCAGAGGUCAACCUCAUGUCCCUGUUGACCACAUACGACGGUAUUUCUGACUUCCAUCGAGAUGUCGAGGAGAAAGAGGAAGUGAAAGACACUAAAGAGGCUUCAACACUACCAAGGACAAACAGUCUCGAGGACCUUGGCAUCAAGGAUGCUGUCUCCUCAUUGACUUCGUCAGAAAAGAGCAAAGAUGAAAAAUUUAAAGAAAAACCAGAAGAGAAAAAGAAAUGGGCGAUUCCUGUUAACAUCAGCUCUCCCUGUGACGACUUCUAUAAACGCAUCCCGAACCCAGCGUUUAAGUGGCCAUUUGAGUUGGAUGUAUUUCAGAAACAGGCCAUCCUCAGACUGGAGGCUCACGACUCUGUGUUUGUGGCCGCUCACACUUCAGCAGGAAAAACAGUGGUUGCAGAGUACGCCAUUGCUCUGUCGCAGAAGCACAUGACAAGAACAAUCUACACCUCACCAAUCAAAGCCUUGUCCAAUCAGAAGUUCAGAGACUUUAAAACCACAUUCGGAGAUGUGGGCCUGCUCACGGGGGACGUACAGCUCAGCCCCGAGUCCUCCUGUCUCAUCAUGACCACAGAGAUCCUACGGUCGAUGCUGUACAAUGGCUCAGAGGUGAUCAGGGACCUGGAGUGGGUCAUAUUUGAUGAAGUUCACUACAUCAAUGAUGCUGAGAGAGGUGUGGUCUGGGAGGAGGUGUUGAUCAUGCUUCCAGAUCAUGUCAGCAUCAUUCUCCUCAGUGCCACUGUCCCAAAUGCUCUGGAGUUUAGUGAGUGGAUCGGUCGCAUAAAGAAGAGACACAUUUAUGUGAUAAGCACUAUGAAGAGACCAGUACCUCUGGAGCAUUAUUUGUACACAGGAAACAGCACCAAGACUCAGAAGGAACUGUUUCUGCUGCUGGACGCCACAGGCAACUUUCUCACCAAAGGAUAUUAUGCAGCAGUUGAAGCCAAAAAGGAGCGCACCAGUAAACACGCUCAGUCAUUUGGCACCAAGGGCACAAAUCAGAGCACUACAGCCAGUCAGGAUCGGUCGGUGUGGCUGACCCUGCUUCACUUCCUGUCUCAGAGACAGCAGACUCCAGUUGUGGCCUUCACCUUCUCCAGGACUCGUUGUGAUGAAAACGCUCGCUCGCUCGACUCCAUGGACCUCACUACCUCCAUAGAGAAGGCUGAGAUUCACUCGUUUUUCCAGAAAAGUUUGAGCCGACUGCGAGGUGGAGACAGACAGCUACCCCAGAUCCUGCUGAUGAGGGACCUGUUGAAGAGAGGCAUUGCUGUACAUCACAGUGGGAUCUUGCCCAUUCUGAAGGAGGUGAUCGAGAUGCUCUUCUCCAGAGGCCUGGUGAAGGUACUAUUUGCCACAGAGACGUUUGCGAUGGGAGUGAACAUGCCGGCCCGGACCGUGGUGUUUGACAGCAUCCGGAAACAUGACGGGACAGGAUUCAGGAACCUGCUACCCGGUGAAUAUAUUCAAAUGGCUGGGCGAGCAGGAAGAAGAGGACUGGACGCGACAGGGACAGUCAUCAUUCUGUGCAAAGCUGGAGUCCACGAAAUGUCCGACCUCCAUGUCAUGAUGCUGGGUAAGCCGACAAUGCUACAGUCCCAGUUCAGACUGACCUACACCAUGAUCCUGAACCUGUUGCGAGUUGAGGCUCUCAGAGUCACAGACAUGAUGAGGAGGAGCUUCUCCGAGAGCCACCGCGACACACAGGCGAGUGAGAGGCGUAUCAGUGAGCUGAAGCAGACCCUGUCCUCCCUGCCUCCUCUGGACACUGAGGGCCAGCUGUCUGACCUCCUGCCGUAUUACCACACUGUGACAGAGCUCAGGACCACUACGGAGACUGUACAGAAGGCCGUGUUGGAGUCCGUGAACGGGCUCAAAGCUCUGUCUGUUGGUCGAGUCGUGGUCGUCAACAACUCACAACAUCUCAACGCUUUAGGAGUCAUACUACAGCUGAUUCACCUCCAUCUCCUCAUCACUUUGCUUGUUUCUUGUCUCGAGGUCUCCAGUGACUCAGUGAAUCGCACCUUCACGGCUCUGAUCAUCUGUGACAAAGGGAACGAGGAGGGAGGUGGAAAAAACAACAGCGACACGUUUCCUCAUCUGUUCAACACGGCGCUGUUCAUCCCUGAAGGUCCCUGCAGUCACACAGUGCAGAAGCUGAAGCUGCAGGACAUUUCUGCGAUCACCGUGAAAACUCUCAAAGUGAUCCCCGACAGAAUCAUUGACAACUACAAUAAAAGACAGCAGCCACGAUUCAGGAAUGACCCUCCUGGACAGGCCAUCUCCACGGCAACCCAGGAGCUUCUGCGAUUGGCUGAGGCAAACCCAGGGGGUGUGGCUUCUCUGGACCCUGUGAAUGACCUGCAGUUGAAGAGUGUGGAAGUGGUGGAAGGGUGCAUGAGGCUCCGGCUGCUCCAAGACGCUCUCAGGGACUUCAACUGUAUCCACUCGCCCACUUUCGCUGAUCAGUUUUCUCGAGUUAAAGAGAGGAUGAGUGUCCAAGAGGAGCUGGACAAACUGCUGUUCCUGGUUUCAGAUCAGUCCCUGACGCUGCUGCCUGAGUAUCACCAACGAAUCAAGGUGCUGCAGUCUCUCCAGUACAUAGACAGCAGUGGGGCAGUCCAGUUGAAGGGGCGUGUGGCUUGUCAGAUUAGCAGUCACGAGCUGCUCCUUACCGAGCUCCUGUUUGAAAACUCCCUGAGCCCUCUGGCUCCUGAGGAGAGCGCCGCCCUGCUGUCCUGUCUGGUGUUUACACAGAACACACAGGUGGAACCGCAUCUUACCAACACGCUCAAAGAGGGCAUUGACCGUGUUCUAGCAGUGGCCAAGCGAAUCGGGGAGCUCCAGAUGGAUUGUGGGAUACCGCAGACUGCAGAGGAGUUCGUGGGACAGUUCAAGUUUGGACUGACAGAGGUGGUGUACUGCUGGGCCAGGGGCAUGCCCUUUGCGGAGAUCGCGCAGCUGACAGACGUCCAGGAGGGGACAGUAGUGCGCUGUAUUCAGAGACUGGACGAGGUGCUGAAGGAGGUCCGGCAGGCGGCCCGGAUCGUGGGAGACUCUGUUCUGGGAAGUAAAAUGGAGCGCGCUUCUUUGGCUAUUCGUCGGGACAUAGUCUUCACCGCGUCCCUGUACACCCACUGAGCCCCGUGUGAAGUCUGAGAGGGAAGAAGAGGGUUGCCAAUCACGGAGGAGGGACCGUGAACGCAGCAACGUGCCUACAAUAAUCAUGUUUACAUUAAAGAGUGCAAGAAUGGACAAUUUUAGCAGGACAAAGAUACAAGAAAAUGAAAUCCAGAUUGUAAUUUAUUGUACAGAAAUAAAACACUGAAAACUA